AUGGCCGUGGCCACAGAGAUCUCGGGCCCAAAGGGCCUUCCUUUCCUCGGCAACAUUCUCGACCUCCAAGAUGAAGUCCCCAUCCGCGCAAUCGAGCGCAUAGCAGACAUCCACGGCCCCAUCUUCAAGCUACGCAUGCCCACGAGGGACAUCAUCGUCGUAAGCGGCUUCGAGCUGUUUGACGAGCUGUGCGACGAGACGCGAUUCUAUAAACUCGUCGGUGGCAAGUUGGCUAGACUGAGUGAGGGGGACAAGGCGCAAGGGUUGUUUACCUCGCUCAGUGAGAAAGAGGAAGACUGGGGCCAGGCGCAUCGAAUUCUGAUGCCGGCCUUUGGACCUCUGGCUAUUGCGGAUAUGUUCCCAGAAAUGCACGACAUAGCAAGCCAGCUCGUCCUAAAGUGGGCACGACAAGGCCCGCAGCACAGGAUCCCGGCCUCGGAGGACUUCUCGCGCCUGACGCUCGACUCGAUCGCGCUCUGCGCCAUGGACUUUCGCUUCAACUCGUUCUACCAGGACGAGAUGCACCCGUUCAUCAAGGCCAUGAACGUCAGCCUGGGCGCGGCGAACAGCUCCGGGCAGCUGGCCGGGCUGCUGUCGAGGCUGAUGCCGUCGUACAACGAGCAGGUCAAGCAGAGCGCGGAGCUGAUGGAGAAGACGUCGCGGGCGCUGGUGCAGCACAGGCGAGAGCACCCGACGGACAAGAAGGACCUGCUGAACUCGUUGAUUUUCGGAAAGGACCCCAGGACGGGGAAGACGAUGAGGGAUGAGCUUAUUGCUGCGAAUAUGCAGACAUUCUUGGUCGCAGGCCACGAGACGACCUCGGGACUUCUGUCGUUCGCCUUCCUGCAGCUCCUCAAGAACCCCAAGGCCUACCUCACCGCACAGGCAGAAGUAGACCGUGUCGUGGGCAGUGUCCGCAUCGAGCCCAAACACGUCAACGAGCUCAAGUACAUCAACGCCGUCCUGAGGGAGACGCUGCGGCUCACGCCCACAGCACCGGCCUUCAGCCGCGCCGUCCGGCCCGAGAACCACGAGGAGACCGUGUACAUUGGCGCCAAGAACCCGGAGAGCACCAAGAAGUACGCCAUCCCCCGCGGCAAGCCGAUCAUCUGCCUGCUGGGCAAGAUCCACAAGGACCCCAAGGUCUGGGGGGACGAUGCCGACGAGUUCCGCCCGGAGCGGAUGCUGGACGAGAACUUUGAGAAGCUGCCCAAGAACGCGUGGAAGCCCUUUGGCACGGGCAUGAGGGCGUGCAUUGGGCGCGCGUUUGCGUGGCAGGAGGCGGUCCUGGCUGUUGCGCUGAUCCUGCAGAACUUCGACAUGACACUGGACGAUCCCAAUUAUGAGAUGAAGAUUAUGCAGAACCUCACCAUCAAGCCCAAGGAUUUCUUUAUGAGGGCGAACCUCAGGGAAGGCAUUACGCCGACGGUGUUGAUGCAGAGACUGGCGGGCGACCACGAUGAAGCCGCCUAUAGAGGAAGUGGACAGAAUGGGACUGGUACUGCUGCUGCCGCUGCAAAGAAGAAGGAGGAGGCGGAGGAAACCGUCGAUUCGAGCCACGAGCUGUCCAUCCUGUAUGGCUCAAAUACCGGAACGUGUCAGGCCCUGGCACAGAAACUGGCUGCACAGUGUGCACAGAGAGGCUUCAAGGCCGAAGUCAAGACACUAGACCAGGUGAUGGGCCGGGUGCCCAAGAGGAAGCCCACAGUGAUCAUCACAGCCUCGUACGAAGGUCUCCCUACCGAUGACGCCGCGCGGUUCGUGGCGUGGGUAGAGAGCUUGGACGAGAACAAGGACAGGACGACAAUGCCGCUCGAGGGCGCACGAUUUGCUUGUUUUGGAUGCGGCCACAGCGAUUGGGUGUCGACGUACCAGCGCAUCCCUAAGCUGCUCGACGAGCUGCUCGUGAAGGCUGGGGCGGAGAGGAUCGCAGAGCGUGGGUGCUCGGACGUCAGUAAGCAGGAUACCUUUGGCGAUUUCGAGGCGUGGACGAACGGUCACCUGUGGCCGGCACUUGGUGCCCAUCUCGGCUCGUCAUCACCAGGAGAUGAUGGCUCGGCUUCGAACGGCAGCGCGGCAGCAGUGCCCAUGCUGGAGGUCGAGCUCACCACGCAGGAGAGAGCGGCACACCUCCAGCAGAACGUCCAGUGGGCCAAUGUCAUGAGCACCAAGGUCUUGACGGCGCCAGGGGAGCCCGAGAAGCGCCACAUCGAGAUCGAGCUCCCUUCCAACGUGACCUAUAGCGCCGGUGACUACCUCGCUGUGCUGCCCCUGAACCCAAAGGAGUAUGUCAGGAGGGUGAUAAACCACUUCAACCUGCCGUGGGAUGGAGUAAUCACCAUCAAGGCCGGGACCGCAACGACCCUCCCUACGGGAACGCCGGUAGGCAUCUUCGACCUCCUUCAGGGCUAUGUCGAAAUCUCUCAGCCAGCAACAAAGCAGGACAUCAAGGUCCUGUUGCCCGUCUGCAGCGCUGACGACACUAGUGAGGACAACGGCGUCAGAAAGACCCUGACCUCGUACCUCGACACGACUGUCUUCGCUUCCGAGAUCAUCCAAAAGCGCAUCACGAUUCUCGACCUCCUCACACAGCACAAGACGGCGCUCCCUCUCCCCUUUAGCACCUACCUCGCCCUCCUCCCUCCCAUGCGCACGCGGCACUACUCCAUCUCCUCCUCCCCACUCGCCUCGCCACACUCCGUCACGCUGACCUACAGCGUCCUGGACGCGCCCGCCUGCCAGGAGGAGGUCCGGCAGCGGUUCCUGGGCGUGGCAGGCAGCUACAUGCGGUCCCUGGCGGCGGGCGACCGCGUGCUGGUCUCGGUGCGCAGCACAAACAAGUACUUCCGCCUGCCUGUGGACCAGGAGCAGACGCCCAUCGUGAUGCUCGCCAACGGCAGCGGGGUGGCGCCGUUCCGAGGGUUCGUGCAGGAGCGGGCGACGCUGGUCCGCGAGGGCGGCAAGACGCUGGCGCCGGCGGUCCUGUUUGCGGGCUGCCGGCGCGAGGGCAAGGACCAGCUGUACGCGGACGAGUUUGCCGAGUGGGCGAGGCUGGGUGCGGUGGACGUGCGGUGGGUGUUUAGCAGGGCGGUGCCUCGCGCCGAGGACGGCUGCAGGUAUGUGCAGGAUCGCAUGCUCAGGGACCAUGAGGAUGUCGGGAGGCUGUGGGAGCGCGGGGCCAGGUUUUAUAUCUGCGGCAGUAAGGAGCUCGCGCAGGGUGUUGGGUCUGUGGCGAGGAAGUUGUUUCUGGAGGCGGCCAAGGCGGAGGGGAAAGAGGUUACUGAGGAGCAGGUCAAUACCUUUGUGAGGGGGAUGAAGAAUGAGAGGUUCGUGACGGAUAUCUUUUAG